UCCAGUUGAAAGGAGCCAAGCAAGAGGAUGCACUCAGAGCAUCACUGACUGAUUUUCUUUUUUUUUCUUUUGAGAAAAGCGAGAAAUGAAACCCAGACGAACAUCCAGUUGAUUUUUUUAUUGGGUACUCGGUGUUUUCCAAAGGAUUUUACGCAUCCGAAAAGAGUCAAGCAAACGCUGCGGAGAUGAGUGUUGCGUGGUUUUUCAUGCUCCCAAAGGAUCCCCUCUCCUGAUAAAUGGACAAAAGAGGACAAAAACAAGGCUGUCCAUGAUAUUUUCCAAAAAAAGGUUGCAAAGGUGGAGCGAUUAGAGAAGGGCUGAUGACGGGACUAUUAAUCCUUUCAGUGCAUCAAAGGCACCAAAGGGUAUUAGAAACGCUUGGAUGGAAAUCUGGCGCGUGUUUAGAACUGUUUUUGGUUCUAUAUGAAACUGGUGAUUAGUUGCUGUGACUCACCUGAGAGGAUUUUCUCUGUGAACUAAAGAUUUUAAAAAGGAGUACAUUUUGCUGUGUUUAUCCUCUGAAAGGUAUGCGCGCUUUCCCGGCUUGAAAACUCUCAUCUCAAUCUUUGUUUCUCUUCAAGUAUUCCCAGAUCUAAAUGGAAUUAGUUGAGUCUGAAGCCGUUUGUGAAAGGAACAGACAUGGUACAUGGGCACAGCUUCCCUCACGUUGUUGCAAGUCUUCUCAUACUUGGGUUGUCUGGGGCAACAAGGAAGGAUACAGCAGUGAAAAACAAUUCUGGAGUGAAGCCUGCAGGUCAAUGUGGAACGUGGGUGAAAGAAUCAGAAGGAGGGCUCUUUACGUCUCCCAAUUACCCAAACAAAUACCCCCCAGACACAGAGUGUGUUUACAUCCUUGAAGCUCCCCCAAGGCAGUGUAUCGACCUACACUUUGAGGAGAAUUAUUCCAUCGAAUCCUCUUGGGAAUGUAAAUUUGACAACAUCGAGGUUCGGGAUGGACCUUUUGGCUUCUCCCCAAUGCUCGGAAGGUACUGCGGCCAGCAAAGCCCGCCUGACAUCAGGAGUAGCGGCCGAUAUCUGUGGAUAAAAUUUGUAACCGAUGGGGAACUGGAAGCGGUGGGAUUUUCAGCAAACUACAACUUCACAGCAGAUCCGGACUUUGCAGACUUGGGAGUCCCCCCGCCUCUACCCUCCUGUCAGUAUGAUAUGGUUGGUCCAGAAGGUAUCGUUGAGUCCCAUCAGAUCACCAGAGACGGAAAGGCGGGCGCCACAGAGGCCGUCGACUGUAAGUGGUACAUCCGGGCUCCCCCGCGCUCCAAGAUCUACCUGCGUUUUCUUGACUAUGAGAUGGCCAAUUCCAAUGAAUGCAAGCGCAACUUUGUGGCGGUGUACGACGGUGGCAGUUCGGUGGAAGACCUGAAGAGCAAGUACUGCUCCACGGUGGCCAACGACCUCAUGCUGGUUUCCACGCUGGGCGUCAUCCGCAUGUGGGCGGACGAGGCCAGUCGCAAGAGCCGCUUCAGGAUCCUUUUCACAACCUACCAAGAACCUCCAUGCGAUGCAGAUGCCUUCUUCUGUCACAGUAACAUGUGCAUAAACAACACGCUGGUGUGUAAUGGCAUGCAGAAUUGUGUCUACCCCUGGGAUGAGAAUCAAUGUAAAGAGAAGAGGAAAGCAAACAUCCUGGACAACCUGAACAACACCAACGGGACCAUAAUUGGUGUCACUUGUUGCAUCGUCCUCAUACUCCUCAUCGUCUCUGUCAUCGUCCAGAUCAAGCAGCCGCGAAAAAAGUACAUCCUGCGACGUGAGGACUUUGACCCCACUAUGUUCCAGGAGGUCUUUGAGCCGCCUCACUAUGAGCUGUGUACUUUACGGAGUGCGACAGCGGCUGCAGCCACCUCAGCAGACUUAGUUGACCUGGCGGAAGACUUUGAAAACUAUCACGCCCUCCGCCGUGCCUCCUCCCGCUGUGUCCACGAUCACCACUGCGGCUCCUCCUCCAACCCCGGCUCGGCCCACCUCCAGCUAUCGCUCAGCGGACGAGGAAGCCGUGGGAACUUGAGCGCUCGAGACAACGCAGCGGCCACCCUCCUCACGGACCUCCCGCAGCCGCCCAUGUCGGUGCGGCCUUUGCUACCGACCACAGGAAACCGCAGGAGCAUCUUGGUCAUGAAGCACAGCUACUCACAAGAUGCGGCAGACACUGGAUGUGACCUGGAUGACGACCUGGACGAAGUUCCCACCACCAGCCACCGGCUUUCACGCCAUGAAAAGGCAGUACAGCGGUUCUGCCUCAUUGGCUCUUUGAGCAAACAUGAAUCAGAGUACAACACAACUAGGGUCUAAGAGACAAUCUCAAGAUACAUCAGACAGAUGCAUCAUUCCUCUGCAUCUUGCCAAGUUUGAGCAUUCGGAGAUAAAGUGUUUCUCUCCCUUGCAUCUUGAGCGACCUGUUGUCCUGAGUAACUUUACAAUUGUAGAGUGUUGUGAUGAGAAACGUCUUUUUAAAUAAAAGGUUUGUGGUGUAUGCAUCAAGAUUUUUCUUUGCUUUGGACUGCAGAGGGGACACUUCCUGUUCAGUGCUCUACAAAGUGGCUCGGAAUGAAGAGCCAAGGGACUCUGUUCAUUUCAGAUAAUGGGCCUGGAACUUUAUUGAAAAUAGCGUACCUUUAAUGUAAAGUUGUUCAUGGAGAAUAAAAAAAAAACAGAAUCAGGUUUUUUAAAUCAUUUUCAUGUAAUAUGAAAUUGCAUAUUUGAGCUGCUGAUUUUACAUCCUAUUCCUUAUUUACACUAGAGUAUCAGGAUUUUUUAAAACAAAUACAGGAAGUCUUGAUGAGAAAACAAGAAAAGUGAAUGUUUGAAUUAAAGUUCUGUUAACCUUCAUGACUAGGUGCAUACAUGAUUCUACUCAAACAACUAACCUUUAUUUACUCUUACUUUCACUGAUUUAUGAACUUGACCUGUUUGUCUGUUCUUGUCUUUGUCAAACUCCAUUGUGUUUUUUAACCUGUUUGCAUAUUUCUUUGAUAACAUAAGAAAAUGCUGGACAGAAUUUUUCAAUAAACGAAUGUUUACUGAC